AUGCAAGUCUGCACACUUCUGUGCCUUCAAUGCACAAUUCUUGUUAAACAUGUCUGUUCGUUCUUCUCUUGGAAUAUGAAUUCACCUCCUCCUUUUCCUUUCCUUCUCACCAAAAAGAAAUCAAUUUGCUUCUGGUUUUGUUCUAUAUUUUUUCUUUCAUUUGAUUCUGAUUGUGUCUCUAUUUGGAUUUGUUUCUCUCUUUCAGAUGAAGAAGGUGUAUCAAUAGAAGAAACUACUUUGGAAACUGGCAAACGGAAAUCUGUGGACAACUCCAGCCAGAAUGCUAGUGACUGUGACAAAAGUGGAAUUUGUGCGGCCACCGACGACGAGGAACAAUCCCUCGGAAAAAAUAAUGAAGACACUAGUGAUAGUGACACUAUAGUGGAGGGCACCAUAACAGCCCAGACAGUUAACAAAACCCAACAGGAAAAGACUGUGUCCCCUUCCAUUGCCAAAAACUGUGAUAAUAAAUAUGCUAGAGACUCUAGUAGCAAAAGUAGUUCUGUUGAGAAGAAAACAACUGAAAACAAAGAACAACUUCACUCGGGUAUCCAUGGCAGUACUAGACAGUUGCGUAGAAGUUUGAGAAAUUGUCGUUCAAAUGCUCAAAAGUCCCUAAUCACACCAGAGCCAUCCAUUCAGAAACGAGUGGAUGAAGACUUGGCUUCUUCUCCACCUGACUAUACGUGUCCAUAUUGUGGCAUUAUAAAAAACAGUCCAGCUGAGUUGACCAGACAUGUUAACAAACAUACUGAAGAAAAAUCUUUUGUCUGUGAGGUGUGUAAGAAGGCUUUCAAGGCCAAGCGCAGUCUGCAGUACCACCAGUUCAUCCAACAUGGUCGCAACAUCUCAGAAAGUUCCAGUUCUGACAAAAAGAAGUCUUCAUCAUCUCAGUUUGGCAAACAGUGGAAAGCAGGCCAUCUCCGAAUGAGACCUGCACUAUCUAAGCAGUUACAAACAAAGUCGGGUUCUUCGACCACACCAGCUGAAAAUGCCACCAAGCAAACUUCUAAAAGUGCAACCCGUGGCUUGCCUAUGAGGAGAAAAUCACACAGUGCCAUAUCUUUGCCUUUGUCAUCUGCUGUUAAAGAGGCAGAUGUAGUCAAAGACGAGCCUGGCAAGGGCAUCACAUCCAGAUUGCCAAAGAGAAGAUCCUCUUUGGCAACCGGAGCGGCACGCCACCGGCCUCUGCGUCAGCCGCAAGGGGCAAAUAAUUCCUCAAGUUCUGGUGUAGAGGAAAGGGAGAAUUGUACAGAUUCUAAACAGGACAAUGCCAUGAGCUCCAUGACAAGAAAACAGUCUCCUCCUCUUCCUGCAGCUACACCAGCAGCACCACCACCACCUCCUCCUCCUCCAAAUCCACCACAACCACCACCACCACCAUCAGGGCGUACCCGUGGACGUCCACGUGGUUCUGGCAGGCGUCAGACUGUCUUGUCUCGGCGGUCAUGCCGCCAAUGUGGCAAGGUGUUUCCCAAACCAAGUGACUUGAAACGACAUAUGAUGGUUCAUUCAGGAGAGAAGCCAUUCAAAUGUGAGGUAUGCAGCAAAGCUUUUAAGGCAAAGGGCAGCAUGCUUUAUCACAAAAAAGUAACUCAUGGUGUAAAUGUAGAACUUAGCCAAGGCCUUGAAGAGCGCUACCUACGUUUGAAAACUCGGGCCCAAAUGAAAACUCUGUAUUUGCAUGAAAAACUCCAAGAGACAGCAACAACGGGUGAUCAAGAUGCAGCAGCCAUGGAAGUAGGCUUGAGCAAAUCAUCUGAGCUGCUCAAAAGCAGUACCAUUACUAAUACACAAUACAUUAGUAAGGAGCAGGAGUCUGAACAGUUGAGACAGGAGGAGGAAGAAAAAGAGAAAAUGAAUGCCAAGGAAAUCUUGAAGAAGGAAGGCAUCAAAGAAGAUGUGACAGUCGUGCUGCCGUCCGAUCCCCCAGCCGAAAAUGAAGAGGUGGUCUUAGAUCCACAUCAUUCGAAUGGACUUCCUGAGGGCAACUGGUCUGAAAAUACCUCAGAAAAUGGCGAAGAUUGCAUAAGCAGUGGCGAAAUCAUUGCCGCCCCCAAGCGCUGCCUGUUACCUCAAAAUAAGAAAGACAGCUCUCUCUUCAAAUCCAGACGAAAAGCAUCACUGACAUACAAGGUAGAGAAUAAUCAGCUGCCAGCCUCUCAACCAUCACACCUUCAACAGCAGCAACAACCACCACCACCACAACAACAACAACAGCAGCAGCAGCAUCAACAAGCUGGGCCACAGCCACAAGCAGCUCACCUACACCCUCCUCCUAGCCAUCCACCUGCUGUUCCUCCUCCCCCACCUCCUCCUCCUCCCCAGGUAGCAGCUACCCCCCAGCCAGUUGUGGUAAACAGCGAGCCAGAGAUGGUCAUGUCCACUUCCCAUCUGGGACAGAGUUUAUUGAGUAGCAUGCCCCAGAGCAGCAUGCUUUCCAGUAUGACUGCAUUGGGACCAAUUACAUGUAACUCUAUGGUUUUGGGAACACCGACUUUACCUGCUCAGGCAGCCGCUUCCUUCCUGGCUGCCUCCCAGUUGCUCAGUCCAACUGUCUCUCAAGCUCUGACCGGGUCACCAAUUGUCAAUAUUCCAUUAGCUCUUUCUGCAGAUCCUCUUUCUUUGGCUUCCUCCACAUCCUCUCUCACUGGAACAUCUCAGUGUCCGUCUCCUGAGGAGACUCUGGUUGGACUCCCACGGGUUCAGUGGCAUGCUCCACACUCUCCAGAUAGCAUUCGCAAUACUAUCCUGGCAGAUGGACGGAAGCUAACGUCACUAUCCAGAACACACUCCAGGUUACAUAUUGUGAAUUCUCCUGUUGACAGAGAAAAGGUUUGCAAGCCUACAUUACUGCCUGAUGGACGAGCAGUGUACAGGUGCAUUUUCUGUGGCAAGGAUUUCCUCUCAUUCUCAGACAUCAACCGACACAUGGAUUUCCAUGAAGUUGAAACUGGUGUGAAUCAGUCCAGGCACGGGGAGAUGACACUGGAAGGAUAUACAUUUGCCCUAGAUGUAACAAAACAAGCACCAAAAGCUGAUAUCCGGCCAUACAAGUGUAAGUUCUGUGAUUAUUAUGCCCGUACCAACAGCCAAUUAAAAGUGCAUAUGAUGCGGCAUCAGGGCAUUCGUGAAUUCUGCUGCAAACUGUGCAAUUACAAAGGUGUGACCCAGUCAGAUCUGAACCGCCACAUGAAAUCACAAAUCCACAUGCUGAAGUCCAGAAAUGAGUGUCCCCACUGUGGGGAAGGAUUUGUUACUCCCAAAAACCUCGACAAACAUGUUGAAGGAGGAAAUUGUUUAGCAAAACGAUCGAAAGUCGAGCAACAGUGA